AUGGAGACCACCGUGGAACUCUCCGGCAGCGCCUCAACCAUUUCAGCCGAUGCGGAGUAUCAGGCAGCCCAGCGCAAAAGCAACGGCAUCCGAGAUCGCGUCAAGCAACGGAGCUCUAGAAUCCUCUCUUUACUGGGGCUUCGAGGCCCCGGUGGUGUAUUGAAAACAGUGACCACGCGUGAAACUACUGUCCCGCAGAAACCUUCGAGCGAGAGCAACCCAUCAGAGUCUUUUCAUUCUCUUCCAGCUGACAACCGAACCCCAUCUAGCAGCACCGCCAUGGAGGAAGAGGAAGGCCGUAAGGGCCUGCUGACUUGCAUCACCCACAGCUACUCUCCAGAACAAUCAGGCGAUACAGCACGAGCACGGAAGUCGGAGGUGCCUGAGCUACAGAGCGGUUCAGUAGCCACAGUCAAACGAAGCAAGUCAACGCCCGCUGUCCUGACUAGUAUGGUGUCAACAAAACUGUCCACGACAUUCGGCAAUCCCACUGUCAUUCGUCGCUCGCAUCUUCGUUCGCCUCUAAACAUAAUGCCGGUGCAAUUUCCAGCUUCCUCGCCAGGCCCAAGCAGACCGGGUGAGAGCCCCAAUGACAGCUCGAGUCCGUCGACAUCUCUCAUAAGUAGUGUGUCUCCGUUGGGUACACAGUCCACUCCUCCCACUUCUGAGGACCCAUCACGGGGUUCGAAACAGGCUCUUGGCGGUUCAGUCAGAGCUUUACCAUAUUCUUCGCUUCCACUCCCUUCAAUGGAAGAAGCUUCGGGCUCGUCCGAAGUUUCAGGGACAUCGCCGUCGAUUGUGACAGUUGAAGCUGCUGCCAAUGCCAAAGUUUUCUUUGAGACAUACUUUAACAACGUCUUCUGUGGGACAGACCCUCGUUCACAGCGUCGCCAGGAGCUGGAACAAUAUAUGUAUGGACUGCCACUGAGUCCCGAAGAACGAGCACGGAUCUGGGACAACUGGAUCACUCAGGAACGCCACUACCUCCGUCAAUGUCGUGUUCUCAAGAGUCGGUCCUAUGGCGGCAGUAGCCAUGAUAUGACUGUGUCCCUCGCUGGGUUUGAGGUCAUCAAGGUGCUUGGACGGGGUAGCUUUGGGGUCGUGCGCCUCGUGAAGGAAGAGAAGGCAGAACAGACAAACUACGAUGGUAACUCGGAAGACAAGCUCUUGCGCUGGAGAAACGAAGCUACAAACACCCGAGCACAUGGGCUGGACUCCCUUCGGUCUGUGAGUGAUGCAACCAAGAGCAGCCGACGCAAAAUCAUGACUGGCGUGAAGAAGGAUGUCUUCGCGAUGAAGGUCAUUCGCAAGUCGGCGAUGAUUCGUAACAGCCAGGAAGGUCACUUGCGAGCCGAAAGAGACUUCCUGGUGGCAUCGGCCAAAUCUCGCUGGAUUGUACCAUUGAUAGCUAGCUUUCAGGAUCAGAACCACCUUUACCUCAUCAUGGACUACAUGGUGGGCGGGGAUUUCCUCGGCUUGCUGAUGCGUCGAAACAUGUUGCCCGAGACAGUUGCCCGAUGGUACAUUGCUGAGAUGAUUCUCUGCAUUGAAGAGGCUCAUCGACUGUGCUGGAUCCAUCGCGAUGUCAAGCCGGACAACUUUCUGAUCUCGGCCUCGGGUCACUUGAAGAUCUCGGACUUUGGUCUGGCCUUUGACGGGCAUUGGGCACACGAUCAGGUCUACUACAAUGACCACCGCCACACACUCCUCAAGCGGCUCGGGAUCCGGGUAGACGGCGAUGCCCUUGACCAAACCGAGGCGAAAAGGAUGGCUGAGUCUUCCAGUGCGCUGGAUCCGGGACCAGUUGACGACUCCGGGUGGACGCCCCCCACUGCUGGUCUCCUAGGAUGGCGCGAUCGCACACAGAAACGGCGGUUAGCUGGAAGCAUCGUAGGGACCAACCAGUAUAUGGCCCCCGAGGUGGUUCGUGGAGAGCUGUACGACGGGCGAUGUGACUGGUGGAGUAUUGGCAUUAUCCUAUACGAGUGCCUAUAUGGCUUCACUCCAUUUGCUUCGGAUGAUCGCCAGAAGACGAAGUUGAAAAUCCAUCAUCAUCUCCAAACCCUACAUUUCCCAAACCGACCAUCCGAUAAGCUCAUCUCUGCCGAAGCAAUCGACUUGAUAAACCAUCUUCUGCAGGAGAAGGAACACCGCUUGUCUUCCAGCAAGUAUCGCGUGAAUGACUCCGUCACCUUUCGUCUGGCAGCCAAGCAUCCCCUUUAUUACAACAUCAAGAACCAUCCCUUUUUUUGCUGUAUCAACUGGAAUGAAAUUCACCAGUCAAUACCCCCGUUCAUCCCCAAGGUCAAAGGCUGGGAAGAUACCCGGUACUUCGAUGACGCGGGAUAUGAGCAUGGUCACGACGAGGCCUCUGCAGCCUCAGACGCAGAGCAUGCCGAGCCCUCCAGCGAGGCAGACGAGCGAGACGAGUGCCACCCAAAUAGGGGAGACCCGCCCCAAUAUCAAGACAUUGACAGCCUGCUGAGUCCUGUCGCAAGUAAGCCGCCCCAGAAAAACCGCCGUAAGGGGAGGGACAAGAAGCGACCCAGGGACAAGUUGCUGCGAGACCGCAAACUACGCAUGACGGUCUUGGAGAUGCGCAAGAGGGGUGCAUUCUUGGGAUAUACCUAUCGCCGACCUCAUGCCGUUGCAAUGGCAUUGGCCCCAGACCGCGGGCGAGGACUGCUGGCACGAGGCCAUUUGUCGGAGCUAUACGGAUAG